CACAAAAACAACUGAAAACAAAAGUACAAAUCGAACAAACAUGUCAGGCUGCAGCAAAAUCCGCCACAUUGUACACCUCCGUCAAAUGCUACGCCGGUGGAGAAAAAAAGCCGCAUUGGCUUCCCGGAAAUGCAUUCCGUCAGACGUCCCCGCCGGCCACGUCGCAGUCUCCGUCGGCUCAAACUGCCGCCGGUUCGUCGUCCGGGCGACAUACCUCAACCACCCGGUUUUCAACAAGUUGCUUGUUCAAGCCGAAGAGGAAUUCGGGUUCUCUCACUCGGGUCCGUUAGCGAUCCCGUGUGACGAGUAUUUGUUUGAAGAGAUUAUUUGUUUCUUAUCACGGUCCGAUUCUACAGGGAAUCGGACCGUGAAUUUUGAAGAGUUUCAACGUCACUGCCACGUAGGCAUCAGGAGUAAUAUUGAUUUUUGGCCCGAAUCUCGGCCUCUCCUCCAAUAAAUGAAGAAAAAAAUAUGAUGUUGUAGUCGUUCCAAAAAAAAAAUAAAGAAAAAAACCGAGUCGACUCGGUGAUCAUGCACAAAGAGCUAACUCUGGUUUGGGGACUUUUUGGUAAUUUGUCCUAGCAAUAUACAAAAGGUAAGAUUGUAGGUAUCAACUAUCAAUGAUGAUUGAAUUGAUGGUCUUGUGUUCUGUAUUUUUACGGAAUUACCCUUGAAAGUUGGGAUGGUGGUGGGACGAGUGCUACCGAGUCACCGAGUUGACUCACCAACUAAAUGGAGAUGGCAACACCGUCGUCCCGGGUUUAAAUCGGAGUGGCAAAGAAACUUGGAGAGGAGAGAGGGAGAGAAAUGGCUAAUUGAUUAAAGAUUGGGGUCACUUUUGUAAAUUUCCAUGUGAUUUAAUUAAUUUUAUUAUUAUUAUUAUUAUUAUGACUACAAAUUGCAGAGAAAAUCCAACGCUAGUUGUGCA